AUGGCGGCUGUCUCCUACCUCCUUUAUCAGCUGCUGCAGUACGAUGCCACGAAGCUCCAUGUGGUUAUGUACUGCUUUGGAAGGGGUUUCGCAUACUUGUUUGACAAGAGGACACGAACGGUGACAAUAUACGUGGGUGAGAGUAAUAUUGGAAGGGCUAUGAUAAAUUUGGCUGGGAGUGGAAUGAAGGGGUGCAUCAUCAUCGAUAUGGCAAUACAUUUUCAAGAACCAUCGAAUAAUGUUGUGCCCUCCCCUAAGUGGGGCGCCAUUAUGUUGUCGUCCCCGAACGAAGAUAACUUCAGAGCCUGGAAAAAGCACGCGGGUGCUAUCAAAACCAUCAUGAAUUGCCCCGAUGAAAACGACGUGAAGGCGAUGUGUGCGUGGGAGACACGCAAUACGACUGAAGGGGAGCAGGCGGAGUAUUGGAGAAGGAUGCACAUGCACAUGCAUGACGUCGGACCGAUUCCACGAUGCAUCUUUCAAUUCAAUGAGUAUAAGGACCGUGUGGAGGAAAUCAAGAACAUCCUGGCAGGUAUCGACGCUUCAAAUGCUGUACAUUAUGGGAUGAUUGGAGGUAUGGAAGAGUGGCCCUCGAAUGACGCACCUCACAAACUUAUGAAAGUUGUCAGAGCAAUAAGACAAGGCGAUCUUGAGGCGUUUGUGAACCUGCCGGCCCGUUUUUCCUUUGAAAGCAAAUUAAUUGGAAGGUUGCUCGAGGUGGAUGAGGAGAAUGACAUUAUUUUUCGAAUAUUGAAGUGCAGAAAAGAAUUAUUGGCAGACGCUUCGGGGCGCUAUACUCCGAAUGCAUUCCUGCGUAGAGGCUUUGUGGAAAAUAUAAUGCCGGGCCUCAACGAGUUGCCUCCACCAGGAAGUCGUCGGCAACAGAGAUGUGUGCUGUAA